AUGAACGGCCCAGAUCAUUCCGAGUCAGAGGGCGUUGACAGUGGAGGAGAGGGGUUUGUGGUUCCUCGGUUGGGGCAUGAGGAGCACGGGGCGGGGGAAGGGGAGGAGGGCAAGAAGGAGCAGGGGAGGGGUGGGAGUAGGCGAGCGCAAGAGGAGGAGUUUAGCAUGAAUCUGUGGCUCGUGGGGAGCGGCAACGGGGGAAGCAGCACCACCAGCAGCACCGCCGGUUGGUUUCCCGCGAGCAGCUCGCAGACGCAGGUCACUCUUGCUGCCCCGGGCUGCGUGCUCGCCCCCUCCUGGAGCAUCAGCGGAUUCUCAAACACCCAAUCGCAAGGAGAUGCGGCGGGGAAGGAAAGGGAGGGGAGAACAGGAGCGGAGGCUGAGGUAGAAGGGGGUGGUAGGAGCGGGGGGGAAGCAGAAGGGGGGGAUGACGCAGCAGAAGGGUGGCACCCCACGCCUCCCGCGGUGGUGCAGAGCCCGUUCGGGGUUUCCGCGCACCUAGAGGGGCCAGAAACGGGGCAAGCGGAGGAGGGCGGGGACAUGGAUCGGGUGUGGGAGGAGCUGUACGUGCAGAGGGAGUGUGCGUCGCAGCCGUCGUCCCCCAAAGAGUCCAGAGGCGCGCUGCCCGCCAUCAAGCGCCUGCUUGUCGCGCGCAGGGAGUCUGUGCAGCGCUCAGACAGCCUGGCCAGCACUGACAGCCGCAGCAGCAUCUCACGCCACGCCACUGUGGGGAAUGACGGCUGGCAGCAGCUGGAAAUGGCGGGUGCGGAGGGAGACGUACCACGGCAGCGGCGACGGCGGCGGCGGCGGCAUUCCAUGGACUCAAUCCACCUGGAGGCGUCGGGGUUGAAGCAGAGGGCGGCGAGCGAGCUCGCCAUGCACCGCUCGCCGCCGUCGCCGUUAAGCCCGUCCUCUCAAGGCCCCUCCCUGCGCGUUGCAGAGGGCACCCAUGCAGGGUGGCAGGGGCAGCAGGGUGUGAGGAAUGGAAGGGCGAUUCCAGUGGCCCGCCAGGUCCCGUCGCCGCUACAGCCGCCCUCUCCUCGCCUGCCGGCGGUGCGAUCUUCUCCGCUCAUGAGCUACGAGCACCCAGAUAUAUACCCUCCGUCAAUGCAUUCACCUCAGUCGAAGCAGUCGCCUCGUGCAUCGCCCCGCCGCCGUGCUGCUGUCCCAAUCCAUGCCCCGAAGCUGCAGCAGUGCAUGACGGGCGCACUGGGCCAUGAGGGCCACGAGGAGGAGAAGGCGUGCAUGCGUGUGCUGUCUGGGGAUGGCUCGUGUGUGAGUGAAACCAGCAGCAUGCGCAUCUACCAUGUCCCUUCUAGACCCAUGGCACCCAGCAGCACCGCUCCUGAUCGUUCCAGCCUGCAUCAGAAGCAGCAAAAGUGGCCGGCCCUUGAGGUGCCCCCCAGUCCUGACGGCGUGUCACCGCAUGCUACUGGCGUGCGAUGGCUGAAAUCUGCUCCCAUGGGCGGAGCCGCGGAAGUACGCAAGCUGGCGGGCAGCGGGCAGCAGGAAACUGCUCUCUGGGUUUGGCUGGGCCAGCAGCAGCUGGCAUGUGAUAGUGACACGCGUACCAGGAUGGCCGGUGAUUCUCCUCAAGAGCAGUCAUCUUUCCGCGGCGCAUCCUUCAAUGGAGGAUCGAUGAGGGACCUGCUGGAUGCUGACGCGGGACAAAUCAAAGAGGAACGUGCCGCGUCACGAGGGAAUUCCUGUGAAUGCGGAGCUCUCGAGGCGUCCGCGUGCAUUUGCAGCACCGACGCGUCGUCCCCCUCGCCCUCCGCGCGCAAAGGCACGACCAAGCCCAGCAGCAGCUUCCGCUUCUUCGCGUCGCUCAACCGCUCCGUCAGAAUCGAGAUUCCCGACGACACCCUUCCGCACCUGCCGGUUUCGCAGAGCCUACCAGACCCUCCCACAGACUCCGCCGCUCUUUGCGGUGCUCGCGAUCCGAGAAGCACGUUAGAGCUUUUCCACUCGUCGUCGCAGCCGCCGUUAUGGCAGCCCAGCUCACCCGUCGGCGUGCGCAGUCAGUACGCGGAAGCGAUUCGGGAGCGCGCUCGGCGCGCAAUGGAGUCGCAGGAGGCGAUGGACAGCGCGUGGGAGGACCUGCACGUCGCACAGGUCGCACAGAGCACGCCGACGUCGCCGUGUCGGUCGCCCGGCGCCAUGAGCAUGGUGUCGCCCAAGUCGCUCAGGCGAAUGCUGCUGGCGCCCGUGCGUGCACCCACGUCAGCGCGCAAAGCCAGCAGCAGCGCAGCGGGCUCGUGCGAGAGGGAGGCGCGGGGGACAGGGUCCGCGCGCGCGAGUGCGCCGAGAGGGGGAGGGUCCGCCAGCGAGCGCGAGAGCGGGCGGCGCACCAGAUCGCUGAAAGGCAGCGUCGAAUGUCCUGAGAGCGUGGACUGGUCAGGCGGGCUAUCUAGUCGAGAGCCUGAGAAAAGGCAGAGCGUUUCUAGCCCUAGGAUGGCUCGAAAUCUAACGGUGGACGUGAGGCGCGCAAGCGAGAGCACCGCCGGUUGCGCCGACCUUGACUUUUUCUCCUCCGAGUGGGAAUUUCCCGCCGCGCAGAGCGUGCCGUGCGCGCGCACGGACGCGGCUGCGGAUUCCCCCCCGGACUCCCCGCCCGCGGUCUUCGGGAACAGCUGCAUGCCUCCCGCCGUCUCCGCUGGUCUCCGCAUCAUCUCCUCGCCGCGCUCCCCCUCCCUGCACCUACCCUCCUUUUCCUCCCUCUCGCAUUCUGUAACCUCCUUGUCCCCGCGCUCCCCCUCCCGCCACGUCCCCUCUUCCUCCCUCGCGCUCCCCUCUCCGCGCGCCAAGGGCAAGGCCUCCCCUCCCGCCCUCCGCAGCGCGCACUCGUGCUCGGGCCCUCUCAGCCCGCAGGUUUCGCGGAAGGUUCCUGCGUGGGAGGAGGAGGAGGUGGCGGUGGUGGGGAGGCUGCUGGCAGCAGGUGUGGGGGAGAUCGCUGUGCCCGCCGCUGGCGCCAAUGGGAGGAAAUAG